AUGGUUCUCUCAGACCUUGGGCGGCGCAUUAAUGCCGCCGUGUCGAACCUCAACCGCGAACCCAACCUUGACGAGAAAGCCUUCGAUGCCAUGAUCAAGGAGAUAUGUUCUGCCCUGCUGUCGGCCGAUGUCAACGUGCGACUUGUGAAGAAUCUGCGGAAGUCGAUACAGAGCGCUGUCAAUUUCAAAGACCUUCCACCCAACACGACUUCCAAUGGCAAGAAGCGUAUGAUACAACAAGCGGUCUUCGAGCACCUUGUCCAACUUGUCGAUCCUCACGCCGAACCAUACAAACCUAAGAAGGGCAGAUCGAAUGUGAUAAUGAUGGUCGGUCUUCAAGGCGCAGGGAAGACGACAACAUGUACGAAGUUGGCGAGAUAUUAUGCAGCCCGGGGUUUCAAGGCUUGCCUGGUUUGCGCAGACACCUUCAGAGCAGGCGCCUACGAUCAGUUGAAGCAAAAUGCGACAAAAGCAAAGAUACCAUAUUAUGGUUCACUCACCCAAACAGACCCUGCUGUGGUAGCUGCCGAAGGCGUUGGGAGAUUUAAAAAGGAGAAGUUCGAGGUUAUUAUCGUUGACACUUCGGGGAGACACAAGCAGGAAGCAGAUUUGUUCCAGGAAAUGAUCUUUGUUCAGAAUGCUAUCAAGCCGGAUCAGACAAUCAUGGUGCUAGACGGCACGAUUGGUCAAGCGGCCGAGGCACAGUCGGCAGCUUUUAAGGCUACAGCUGACUUUGGUGCUCUUAUCAUCACAAAAACAGAUGGUGGUGCAGCAGGCGGAGGCGCCAUCGCUGCUGCCGCUGCAACGCAUACUCCUAUCAUCUUCCUUGGCACCGGCGAGCAUCUGGCGGAUCUGGAGAGAUUCGAUGCCAGAUCCUUCAUUUCCAAGCUGCUCGGAUACGGAGAUAUGAGCGGCCUCAUCGAACAAAUUCAAACGCUCACGAGAGAGUCAGCGGGAAUGAAGGAAACACAAAAACAUUUGUCUGAGGGUAUCUUCACGAUACGGGACAUGAAAGAGCAAAUCACGAAUAUUAUGAAGAUGGGCCCCCUUUCCAAGAUCGGCAGCAUGAUUCCCGGUAUGAGCGGCUUGAUGCAGGGCAUGUCCGAUGAAGACGGAACUGAAAAGCUAAAGCGAAUGGUGUAUAUAUUUGACAGCAUGACGGCCAAAGAACUAGAUUCUGACGGCAAGAUCCUGAUCUCACAGCCCUCUCGAAUGGUGAGGAUCGCAUGCGGCUCAGGGACCAGUGUCAGAGAGGUCGAAGAACUUCUCACACAGCAUAAAGUGAUGGCCAGUGUCGCCAAGAACAUGGGCCAACAGAAGAAGAAUAUGGCGAAGGCCAACAGUAUGUUGCAAGGCGGCAACAGACAACAACAGCUCGCAGCCAUGCAGAAAAGGAUGCAAAGUAUGGGUGGUGGCCGGGGCGGGAUGCCAGGCGGUGACCUCGGCAAAAUGAUGCAGAUGAUGCAAAAUAUGGGCAUGGGGGCAGGUGGUGGAGGCGGAGGCAUGGAUGCACUCAUGCAGCAGAUGGGAGGAAUGUUGGGAGGUGGUCGGGGCAGAGGGAGAUGA